AUGGGAAUCGACGAGACGCCCAGCACUAGGGCUGCCGUGACGACGGCAGGUGCCCUUUUGGAUGAUUUGGAGCUAACCGCCCAACGGAACUUAGCCCUAGCUCGCCUCAACUCCUCACCCCUGCCACCGAUUCAGACCAAUCACAUGACCAACGCUGGUAAUAACUCGGCCGGAAAUGGGUCCAAUAAUGUGGGUCCAACGAGUACCGCCGAGCAGUCACUGUAUGGCCAUCUCUACGGCAAGGAGAUGGGCCUGAUGAGAAAGCUAAGUAACAUCGAUGACUAUCCGAGUCAUGCCGCCGCCACGGCUGCCGCACGCAGUUACCAGCAACUGUUGCAGCAUCCGGACGGUGUCAUACCACCCGGAACGACUCACCAAAUGCAGCAAAAUUUCGCCGCCCAUACUCACGCCGCCAAAUUCAAUCAGUUCAAUUAUCCAAACCCAAGUGGUCUGCUAAAGCCCUGCUACGAUUAUUCCUCUCAACAGCAGCAGCAGCAGCAGCAACAUCAAGCCGCAGCUGCCGCGGCGGCAGCAGUCGCUGUGGCCCAACAGCAUCAGUUGCAAUCUCACCAGACGGGCUCGGGAGCGACCGGCUCCCCGACGCCAUCCUCGAAUCAACAGAUGAAAAAGGAAAUGUUCAAUCUGAAUGGUAGCAAUGGAGCAGAUUUAUACACAUCCCCGCCGACUGCUUCCUCCGCCGGGUCGGCCGUAUCACCGGCCCCUUCGACAAAUUGCUCGGCCAACACUACCGCAUCCUCCGUGGCCAACGGAGGCGGCGGGCUAUCGUUCAUGAAUCUUCAUCAGCCAUCGUCCGCUGCGGCAGCAGCAGCCGCCGCCGCUGCCGCUGCUGCCAUGUAUGCCAAUCACUUCAAUUCCAAUGGCGCAGGAGUGGGUGGCCUCUCCAAAAUGGACAACGGUGACAGUUUAGCUGACUUCAACCCGAUGCGAAACGCAAACAAUUCCGUCAACAGUGGUCCACCGAAUGCCGCUGGCGGCACCGUCAGCAACAGCAGUCUCAUCAAAACCGCCGAAUCGGUCCUGAUGGCAAGAAGCUCAAUUAUGAAUAAUUUAAAUAGCAAUCUUAAUAAAAUCGAACCAAAUACUGAUACCACUCAUAACGAUAAUAACAAUAACCCACAUAACCACCAUCAGCAGCAACAGGGCCACAAUCAUCUCUCCUCCCACCAGCAACAACAACAGCACCAUCACGGUGGCCAUCAUCCAUUUCAUCAUCAGAUAAACUCGCUCGGCAAUGGCGGGGGCGGAACCGGCAAUAAUGAUGACGAUCAUGACAAAUUAUCGUCCCCAUUAACGGGCACCUCGACGCUCACCAGUGCCGAUCUCAAUGAUCCCGAGAACGAUACCAAUGAUGAUGGAUAUACUAUCCUUUAA